CAUGGAGAAUUUUUUAACAAAAUGUGUAGUAAAAACGGAAGACUACGCUUUACAACAACUGAUGAUUUGGAUUUACUACGUGCAGUAGCUGCAGAAAAUCCGUUUGAAGAUAUUUUACGGUGGGGUGUAAUCCAUGAAACCGUUGUUACCAAUACUGGAAAACCCUUUACGCUUCGAGCAUUAAAAGACCAUUUGGAAUACUUGUUGAAAUUAUUUAUACAGGAGGAUAAAGCCAACAUCAAAAAAUCAGGAACUGAAGAGGAGUACGAAGAGAAGGAAAGGUUGUUACAAGAAUUACAUGAUUUAAGGAGAGAAUUCACGAGUAAAGCUACUUCAAACCAACCGCAGGUCAAAUCAAAGAGCAAAGCAGAUCAAUCCACAUCAAAAAAAUGCGGAAUCGAAGUGCGAGAGAAAGCAGCACAAGAAAGCAUUACAUACAUUUUACUAGAAGAUGGUACGCUAGUAAAUGAGACAAGAUACAAUAAGACUCUAGUGGGGGAUGUUGGGAGUUCUGCAUCAGGGUCAAACGAUAAUGCAGAAGUUUCAUCGGGAUCUUCAACUCCAACACUAUUGGAACCCUCUCACAAAAGAAUAAAGAGGGAAGAUAAGAUCAAGGGCUGUUUAGAAUUUUUGAACAAAAGAACAUACCAGGAAUAUGAAUUGAAACAAAAACAAUUAAACUUAGAAGAACGUCGUCUUGCAUUGGAGGAAAAGAAAUUAGCUGUGGAGGUACAGAAACUUGAAGCGGAAAAAGAAGAACGAAAAAUCCAAUUAGAUGCCGAAAUUACAGAAAGAAAAAAUCAUACGAUAUUAAUGCAACAACAGCAACACUGCUAUGUGGUUUAUUAAACUAUCUAACACAAAAAAAUCAUGAUUA